AUGGUGCUCCGCGCUGGUACCAGGCCACAGGCUCAACAUCUUCAUGAGGGCGGUUACAUGCCAGGGACGCAUGGUGAGAGUGCAACCAUAGGUCUUGUCUUCAUCACCGGGUGGGAGUGGGACCAUUGUGUGGAUUGGUUGGGGGUUAAUUGGGUGAUACCUGACACCAUACUUAGUUUGGACUCAUUCUACGUUUGCUGCUACUAGGCUCUUCUAAGAACUAAUUUAGUAGUCUUUCAGAUGUGUAUAUCUUCAUGGCCACAUGCCUGGAACACCCAAGACAAUCCCACUGCAGAAUAUCAGUUGUGCCAUUCGAUUUGUUUGGUUGAUAGGCCGGAAGUUUUGCCAAUUAUAUGGCAAAACUGAUAAUAGCCUAUUUGGUUUAAUAGCGUGGUUUUAUGUGGUAGAUUUUUUAAAGUAGGCUACUAUUGCUAAUGCAAAAGUACCUACUAUAUUUACAUUAGACGUUCAAGUGGUAUUACUGUCAGCAAUUUCACGUCAUAAAGGAUAAUCACACAAAAGUAUGUCACUCACGAUACUUGUUAGGUAGUUAUUUGCAGUCAGUCAGCGCAAAUGCAAGGUUUCCCAUAAACAGCACAUUUUUCAGAUUGCACCUUUAAUAGUAAGGAGCACAUUUCUUAUGAAGUUGGGUCACUGUGGUGGAAGGUAAAUACAGUAUCAAACAAGGUGUUUGCAAAGAAGGCGCAGGCAAGUAGCAUGCGUAAAACCACAAUCUUUCCAAAAUGCAGACGUUUUUCCGCUCGAUCUCUUCACUAUCCUCAACGCAUACUCUGUCUUGAGUGUAUUGUCGCGAAAGGACAAAGUUGAGUUUUUUUAAAUCGGAUUUUUGUAUCCUAAGACGUUUUGAGAAUCCAUUUCAGGUAAAUUACAAAUCAGAUCAGGUAAUAUUAAUGUUCCCAUACGUUUGUUGGAGCUAGUUCAGUUGCAUGGGCUAUAUGUUUUUUUUUACCCAGAGAGGAGAGUUGUAUUCUUUAUUUUAAGGUGGGAAAUGUUGAAGGUGAGAGGGGACGGGCAAUCAACUUUUACCAGUUGAAUGUAGACACAAAUAUAACACUUUUUUAUAUUACAUUUUUUCUGAAAUAUUUUUAACAGACGCAAUAUCUCAUAUUAGCAUAUUGCCCAAAUCCAUUUUUCUGGACGAAGCCAGCGUAAAUAUUUUGGUUUCAUUUUGUUAAAACACAUCCGGACCUGACUAAAAUGUGGUUAACGCAGAGGCUUCGUAGUUGGGGUGUGGGAAGAGUCUGACUUUCGGGAAAUGGCACUUAAUACACGGAAUUUAGACUACCAAACACCUAUUUAGACCGAAUCACCAUCUCUUCAAAGUAAGUUACUAAAUAUAGUCCAGUUUGUGACGUUCUCUAUGAAAUGGGCUUUUAAAUUAUGUGUAAUUUAAUGUAGUGAGAGAAAAUAUUGAUAUAUGUCGAUUUUAAAGUGUUUAAAAUGGGUUAAAAUGUUGAUGAUGGUAGUAUGAUAAACUAAAGAAAAUCUAGAUUUUUAUCAAGUUUUUGACAUUUGUAUGUUUACUUUUUGAAAAUACUAAUAUUAACUGAUCAAAACACCAACAAAUCUCAAAACUGAUAGGUAGAUGCAAAAAUGUAAUUUCAGCCUGUGGUGCCUGGCCUUAACACUGAUGAAUCACCACGAUCAGUUGGCUAUUAUAAUGUUCUGUAACACAAAGAAAUGUAGGCUGUUUCAUUUACUUAAAUAAUUAUAUAUGUAAAAAUAAUAGUUAUAGCAAAUUAAUAGUUCUUUAUCAAUAGUAUAUCGAUUAGAUAUUGUAGUAUAGGCUUUUAUCGAGCAGGCAUCUACUUUUUUUAACCAUAUUUUAUUUGUUAGGCUACUUCUAUGCAAAUAAAUAAACCAUAGAUUAACAGCCUACUCAAUAGUCUACACAAUAUCAAACAAUAAUUGUCUGUAGCCUAUCACUGUUUGUGAGUUAAUCAAUGUGAUAUAAUACAUCAUAAAAAUAAGAAUCUAAGAAUGAUUAAGCUACUGAAAUUUUGUCAGAUGUUUUAUUUGAUUACAGAUGGUUCAUAAUAAAGUUGAUUCCUAUUAGUAAAUUACAGUACUUUUUAAAGUACCCUAUAAUUCACCUCUGUGACUAGCAUGGUAUUCAGACAUAGGCUUUGUGGAAUAAUUUAAUAUUUUAAAGUUAUCAAAGAUAGUGUUAAGAAUCAUAUCGAUAUCAAAAACCUGAUGAAGUGAAAUAUCGAUUUCAAGUAGGCAUAUAGUAUCAUUAUAAAUAAAUGGGUCUUAAUUUAAUUAAGUUGGUCAAGUAAAAGCUGAGUAUUGUAAAGUAGUAAAGCACUGCCCCAAUUACUAAAUACAGAUCUAAUAGAUUAUGUUAUUAUGAUCAAUCUGAAUUAAACAAAUAGUGAAAAUGAGUUAAUUAUAUACAAUUACUAUUUACUAAAACAAUUGUGGAGUGAUAGAUGAUUUAUUCAAUAAACCAUCUUCGGAGGAAUAUCAUUCUUGAAAACAUGUAACUAAUAUUAUACUGUAAAUGAUAAUAUUCAGUACCUUUGUUAAAGAUUUUCAGGUAAUUUAUUUACUGGGUUCUCUAUCCAUGAACUAUGAGUUAUGGCACAAAGUUAUUAGUAUUUUGCUCUGAUAUAGACUAAUGCUGUUCAUAUUUGAGUAUUUUGAUAAUAAUGGUGAUGAUGAUUAUACUCAAUCACAAUUCAUUACAUAUGUUUUUUUUGUUAUCAGUUAGAGAGGCCUAUAUGCUUAUUAAUGUUAUUAUAUAUAGAUCUACCUGUUAUUGAAAUUUGUCAAAUGUUUGGAGUAAGAUAGAAAAGAGUCUAGCCCUGCUUAGAAAACUAUCAUCACACCUCUAAUCAUGCAAUGAAAUGUUUGACUCUUUUGACGGGCGGCAGGUAGCUUAGUGGUUAAGAGCGUUGUGCCAGUAACCGAAAGGUCGCUGGUUCUAAUCCCCGAGCCGACUAGGUGAAAAAUCUGUCGAUGUGAUUUUUAAUGAAUUUAUUUGCAAAUUAUGGUGGAAAAUAAGUAUUUGGUCAAUAACAAAAGUUUCUCAAUACUUUGUUAUAUACCCUUUGUUGGCAAUGACACAGGUCAAACGUUUUCUGUAAGUCUUCACAAGGUUUUCACACACUGUUGCUGGUAUUUUGGCCCAUUCCUCCAUGCAGAUCUCCUCUAGAGCAGUGAUGUUUUGGGGCUGUCGCUGGGCAACACGGACUUUCAACUCCCUCCAAAGAUUUUCUAUGGGGUUGAGAUCUGGAGACUGGCUAGGCCACUCCAGGACCUUGAAAUGCUUCUUACGAAGCCACUCCUUCGUUGCCCAGGCGGUGUUUGGGAUCAUUGUCAUGCUGAAAGACCCAGCCACGUUUCAUCUUCAAUGCCCUUGCUGAUGGAAGGAGGUUUUCACUAAAAAUCUCACGAUACAUGGCCCCAUUCAUUCUUUCCUUUACACGGAUCAGUCGUCCUGGUCCCUUUGCAGAAAAACAGCCCCAAAGCAUGAUGUUUCCACCCCCAUGCUUCACAGUAGGUAUGGUGUUCUUUGGAUGCAACUCAGCAUUCUUUGUCCUCCAAACACGACGAGUUGAGUUUUUACCAAAAAGUUCUAUUUUGGUUUCAUCUGACCAUAUGACAUUCUCCCAAUCCUCUUCUGGAUCAUCCAAAUGCACUCUAGCAAACUUCAGACGGGCCUGGACAUGUACUGGCUUAAGCAGGGGGACACGUCUGGCACUGCAGGAUUUGAGUCCCUGGCGGCGUAGUGUGUUACUGAUGGUAGGCUUUGUUACUUUGGUCCCAGCUCUCUGCAGGUCAUUCACUAGGUCCCCCCGUGUGGUUCUGGGAUUUUUGCUCACCGUUCUUGUGAUCAUUUUGACCCCACGGGUUGAGAUCUUGCGUGGAGCCCCAGAUCGAGGGAGAUUAUCUGUGGUCUUGUAUGUCUUCCAUUUCCUAAUAAUUGCUCCCACAGUUGAUUUCUUAAAUCCAAGCUGCUUACCUAUUGCAGAUUCAGUCUUCCCAGCCUGGUGCAGGUCUACAAUUUUGUUUCUGGUGUCCUUUGACAGCUCUUUGGUCUUGGCCAUAGUGGAGUUUGGAGUGUGACUGUUUGAGGUUGUGGACAGGUGUCUUUUAUACUGAUAACAAGUUCAAACAGGUGCCAUUAAUACAAGUAACGAGUGGAGGACAGAGGAGCAUCUUAAAGAAGAAGUUACAGGUCUGUGAGAGCCAGAAAUCUUGCUUGUUUGUAGGUGACCAAAUACUUAUUUUCCACCAUAAUUUGCAAAUAAAUUCAUUAAAAAUCCUACAAUGUGAUUUUCUGGAAAAAAAAAUUCUCAAUUUGUCUGUCAUAGUUGACGUGUACCUAUGAUGAAAAUUACAGGCCUCUCUCAUCUUUUUAAGUGGGAGAACUUGCACAAUUGGUGGCUGACUAAAUACUUUUUUUCCCCCACUGUAAAUGUUAGAGAGAGAGAGAGAGAGAGAGAGAGAGAGAGAGAGAGAGAGAGAGAGAGGAGAAGAGAGAGAGAUGAGAGAGAGAGAGAGAGAGAGAGAGAGAGGAGAGAGGAGAGAGAGAGAGAGAGAGAGAGAGGAGAGAGAGAAGAGAGAGAGAGAGAGAGAGGGCAGACUACUGUAUUUUAUUAAGCAAAAAGAGUUUAGAACCAUAAUUUGUAAUAGUAUUAUUUACAUUCAUAGGUUCAAAAACUGUCAAUCUCACAAAGUUCUAUGCAUUUCGCUUGCUGAAUGUAACAAAUGCUGUAUUCAUUUCAGACAAUGUCAAUGAAGACCUCUCCUGAUGAUGUUUGAUAAAAUCUACCGUACGAUUGAAAUAUUAAAUAGUAUUCAUUUACCUUACUUUUACACCUCAAAAACACACACACACACACCACAGACACAAGUCACACCCACACCACACACACACACACAACACACACACACACACACACACAACACACACACACACACAGUCUUGUACAGCUACCCUUGUGGGGACACACAAUUCAGUCCCAUUCAAAAUCCCAUUUUCCCUAACCCCUAACCCCUAACCUAACCCUAAAACGCACUCUUACCCUAACCCUAACCUUAACCCUAACCCUAACCUUAACCCAAAAACCUAACCCUAAACCUAACCCUAGCUCCUAACCCUAAAACUAAACCUAGCUCCUAACCCUAAUCCUAAUUCUAACCCUAACACUAACACUAAUUCUAACCUUAACCCUAAACCCCCUAGAAAUAGCAUUUGACCUUGUGGGGACCAACAAAAUGUCCCCAGUUGGUCCAUUUCUUUAUCCAUUUACUAUUCUUGUGGGGACUUCUGGUCCAAGAAUAGUGAAUCACGUCCACACACACACACACACACACACACACACACACACACACACACACACACACGCACACACACACCUCUCUUUCUCUCCCUUUCUCUUCUCUCUCUUUCAAUUAAAUUCAAAGGACUUUAUUGGCAUGGAAACAUAUGUUUACAUUGCCAAAGCAAGUGGAAUAGACACUAAACAAAAGGGAAAUAAACAAUCAGAAAUUAACAGUAAACAUUACAUUCACAAAGUUUUAAAAUAAUAUAUACAUUUCAAAUGUUAUAUUAUUGUCAAUGUACAGUGUUGUAACAAUGUGCAAAUAGUUUAAGUAUGAAAGGGAAAAUAAAUAAACAGAUAUCUCUCUCUCUCUGUCAAUUCAAUUUCAAUUCAGUAUGCUUUAUUGAAAUGGAAAGGUAAUAAUAAAUAAUAAUACAAGUAAUAGAAGUACUUUAAUAAUAUUAAAGUGAUUGCAGUACUCUCUCUCUCUCUCGCACUCUCUCUCUCCCUCUCUUAUUCUCUCGCUCUCUCUCUUUCUCCGCUCAGCCCUGUGUAUUCUCAAUGUGGUGGGUGAGGUGGUCUACAAGAGAAUGGGGCAGUCUGACAGCAUCAAAUUUGAUUGUGGAGUCAAGACGUCUAACAAGGAUGUAAAGUGGAGUCAUAAAGCUGUGGAUGGAAUUGAAUCUGUGCUGAUUGUGGACAUGAAUGGGAAGAGUGGCACCAUGCGGAAAGGUGGAUAGAAAAGAGCUCGGGACAAUAUUUAUGCCCAGUUCAUUUCAUGAAAAAGUUUCCCAAAAUACUGCAUAGAUCAUAUACAGUAUAGAAAAUGUACAUACAUGGCCUUUUGUACAUGUUCAGUAUUGCUUGUCUUUUCCCCACGUAAGGAAAAGCUCCCAUGGUUGAAAGGGCAAAGGUGAGAGGGGACGGGCUGGAAAUCUCUGCUCUACAGGCUGGUGAUGCCGGACUUUACAUCUGUACGGUCGACAGGAGCAAGAUGGAGCACAGACUCUACUUUGUCACAGGUGUCACUCCGCAUAGGGUUAUGGGGGUGUCUGGCAAGUGAAUGUGGACACCAGUCCUGCAGACUAGCAGUUUUUAUAGCAGUGAUAGUGAAGUGAUAUUAUUAUUGCUAGUACAUUUGAAUGACCGCCUGAGCAGACCUGGGUUCAAAUAAUAUUUGAAAUAAUUUCAAAUGCUGUAUCUGUGCUUGGUUGAGCUUCCAUGUUGCAAUGGAACCAAUAGAAACUUCUCAAAAGUGCAAUCCCCACCCACUUAGCACUCAAGGCAGGCUAAAGGAAAUACUCAAAGUAUUGGAAAGAUUUCAAAUAGUAUUUGAACCCAGGUCUGCACCAGAGGUACAUUCUAAUGACAGAAUUCAUGUGGCGAAAGUUUCCAUGUUCAACAUUUCUCCCUCUCCCUAUCUUUUCCUCCUCUCUUUCUUUUCAUACUCUACCCCUCCCUCUUUAUUUUCCCUCUCCCUUCCUCCCUCUCCCCCUCUACCCCCACCGUUGUCUGAACCAGUCACGGUCCACCCCUCCACUGUCCUCUUCCAGGGCACCAAUGCUACCCUCGAGUGCCAGGUGACAGGAGUGGAUCGCUUGCCCAGUGUGGAGUGGCUUAGUCCAGGUGGAGAGACGAAAGGGGCCCCUGGAGGACCUGGCUCUGGGAAGGUCUCUUUCAGCCCUGUGGCCCUGUCAGACACAGGAGAAUGGACAUGUCAGAUUACUCAGGAUGAGAAGACACACAAAGAGACUCAGACCAUCAACGUGAAAAGUAGAUAAUAGGUGGUUUUGGUAGCAUCCCCAAUACAACCAUGAUAGUAAUGAAUAUAACAAUGCUUUUGUCUUUUAUCGCUCAGGUUUGCCCCUCGAAGAUGAUGGGCAGGGGCACAGUGGACCUAACUCUGAUGUAAACACAGCAACACCAUGCAAUCACAGUGAGUAUCACUACUUUAUGAACACUGAAUACAUCGUUUCAUAUUCAUCAUGGGAAAGGUAUUGAAAGCUCCUACUUAAUUAAAUCUCUCCUUAACAUUGGUCAAUUCAGGGUGGGAGGAGAGGUUGUUAAAAAAGUAAAAAACUAAACGGUAAAGUGGUAAAUUCCAUCUCCACACCAUUUGACAGAUAGGGGACGAAUCCUAACUUCAGAAACCAGUGUGAAAUGCCACAUUUUCGAGUCAACCGUGCAUUGACGUCAAUACAGAGAUUUUGAGCUGAGUGCCACUUCAGGUCUUCGCUGAGGUGCUCCCUGGUUGUGUGUUUCUCAGGUACCAAAUGCAUCCAGCAGCCCAUUGAGGGGGUGUCCAUACUGGGCUUAAGCCUGUGGGUGUGGGUGGCAGUGGGAGCAGGGUGCCUGGUGGUGAUCUUACUCCUGGUGACCAUUGUUCUCCUGUACCGAAGGAACAAAAGAAUGAAGGUAAGGAGACAGGCAGGAGGGGAGGGAUCAAUGAAAAUCUCACUGCCAAACUUAUAACCCAAAUUGUUCUAUAAGCAUAUAUAGAUCAAUAUAUAUAUAUAUUUAUUUUUUUUUGCCCGCGCUACAGACAGCUAUAUCGGUCCGCUAACACAGGACAAGUAAAGGCCAAGUGCACUACUGUUGUGAGAAAAAAUAUAUUUACCUUUUAUUUUUUAUUCAGAUUUUCCAGGGGGUGAUGCAGCACCCUCAGCACCCCUACUUCUCGCGGCUAGGUCUAUAACCCAAUUAAAUAAUUAUUUUGUUAUAUUCAAGUGGAGCAAGUGCUUGAACAGCCAAUGAAAGAGAAAGACAAUACAUGUUUUUCUCCCUCAGAGAAGAGGCCGGAAGGUGAAGAACUACUGCCAGUGUAACCGGUAACUACUCUAUUGCUAUAUCUAGUAGAAUCAUAGAAGGGAAUUUCUGCACACUGUGUAUACCUGCACAGUCACAUAGACUAGUGGUUUUCAAACCUCCCCCUUUACAAUUUUGUUGUAGCCCUGAACUAGCUCACCUGAUUCGCCUAUUCAAGUGCUUGAUGAUUAGUUGACAAUUUGAAUCAGGUUUGCUAGCUGUGGAAAUCAUAGUUAAAAUAAAUGGAACUAUGCAAUAUAAAGUAGUUAAUGAUACAUUAUAAAGUUUAACAUUGUAACACAUGUAUUUCACAGCACUCUAGAGGGUCCACCGCGGAGGACACAGAGAGAGAAGCCAUCGGCUGUACCACGGCAACAGCGCUGAUGGAGCAGAGUAUUAUGGGCUGGAACAUGAUUGAUCGACGACACAGGGUGGAUGGAAGAAUGAUAGAGAGAGAGAAAAGUAGUCUUAUACAGUUAGAGAGAUACAAGGGAAAGAGAGGGGGGGGGG